AUGGCCUAUACACUGCAAAGACUUGAACAGGAUAUUGAGCUUUUUCGGAGCCCAAGUGCCAAAUUGAUUAACACCCUUGCUGAAGAAUGCAAGUAUUCAUUACGGAGACGACGCUUAAGGGGCAAACAGACCAUCCCAUCGUGCUGGCUUGACGACGACAGUGAUAGUGACUAUCGCCCUGAGCACGACACGAUCGAUUCUAGGCGAAAGCGUGCAUCUCGCACAAAAGAAUCAAAUCGACCCAAAAAACAAUCUCGAAGCUCGGAACAAUUGAUUGUCAUCAUGGCCUUUAGCUCCACCAUUGGAAGAGCAUUCCUUGCUGCUCUUCCCAUGACUGAGGAAGACAUACCGCCUGAACAUACCGAGCAGUUGAUGCAGUACUGGAAUAUAGCCGACAGCACGGAAGAAUCGUCGAACUCGCGGUACUCGCUUCGGAAGCGAGAACGCCAGCAAGAGGGUCAUGAGCAGCUUGUAGACCUGGAUGAAGCAGCAGCCAAGGGCUGUUGGGCGUGCCGCAAGAUUCACCAAGAGUGUUCACUCCUUGAAGCUCAGUUUGCAUAUCCGUGCCAAAAAUGCAAGGAUGACUGCAUUGACUGCGAGCUGAUUAUCCCUCCGGAGUGGAAAAGAGCGUGCGAGAGAUGUAAGCGCUCAGGAAAGACAUGCUCCUACAGCCACGGCGAAACCGACCACAUUGUAUCUUGCGAGCAAUGUCAAGCAACGGAAACUCCUUGUAUCGCCGGCCCAGCAAAGGGCAAACCGCCGCUGGAGCCAAGGACGAAGAAAGAGAAAAGCGAGAGUUGUGCAGUCCCUGGUGACUCCAAGUCCAUCUGGGACACAAUUCCUCCUCUCACAGCGGAAGACGAGCCUGAUGACCCAGUCACCCUUACGCCAGCCCUGAAAAAUGGCAACAUCCGAAUUAUCCACACUUCCUUGGCCCAUCCUGUGAACUUCGCCUAUGAGCCACCACCAGACGGCACGAACCCUUGUCACUGGUGUAGCAAUUUCGUUUAUGGCAUCAUGGGACUGGGUAGAAGGGCCGUGGAAGUCAUCGAUUUCGGUGAUGGCAGGUAUGUCGAGAUGAAUGGAGGACAUGUCAAAGAUGGUCACGAGCCUAGUCGAAUGUGCGUCACCUGUGCAUUGGAGAGAAUCCACGUUGUGAACUGCACACGUCACUACAUCAUCCCUCUUAAAGGGUACAAAGUAGACACCUUCGACUUUGACGCCGCCUAUAACAGCCUGAUCCCGUCGCCAGGACAGCUCCCGAAACAGAUCAGCCCGUGGUGUUCUCUCUGCCCGAAUCCGGCAUUUUUCGGCUGCUGCACUCUCCAGCUUGUGAACAAGUACCAGGAGCCCGUCAAACAACCAACCUCACCCCAUGCGCGAGGAUGCGGCUUAUUGCUUUGCGAACGGUGCGAAUUGUUGAUGCGAGCCUACCGUGGGAACCUGGCCAAGGUAGUUGCCAAAAACGACCAGGCAAACGCAGAGUUUGGGAGUCGUGCUGAUGUUGUAUAUGUCUUGCCUGGGAAUGACCUUUAUCGCUUCUAUACUAAGGAGUGA